UACACUGAAACCCAAUAAUACCAGUCUCAUCUUAUCAGCAUGUCUGUCACUACAGGAGCGUGCGCUGCCUCUUCACAAGUUAAACGUCAGUACCAUUUUUACUAUGACGCCAAGACCUGGACCGAAGCCUUACAGUUCUGCAGAGAGAAGCACACAGACCUGGCCACCAUCCACAGCAUGGAGGGAGUGAACACUCUGAUGAGCAAGGCAGAUUCAAACAAGAUGGCCUCCUCUGGAAACAGAGCCUGGAUUGGGCUGUAUGAUGACGUGGACAGCUGGAGAUGGUCUCUGUCAGACCCAAGUUUCUACGACCCUGGAGAGACCGAGUUCAGACGAUGGUGGCCUGGAGAACCCGACAAUAGGGACAGUAAAGAGCACUGCACAAGGAUCGAUCAUGAUGGAUGGUGGAAAGAUGUAAAAUGUAUAAACAUGUAUCAGGCAAUCUGCAGUACGGUCACAGGUCCUAAUGUCUCAUUUGUCCCCACCCCCACCUCCAUGACAUGGACUGAGGCCCAGAGCUACUGCAGAGAACACCACACAGACCUGGCCAGUGUGAGGAACGAGGCAGAGAACCAGAAGAUACAGGAGCUGAUUGCUCCUGGACAUUUUUACUGGAUCGGCCUCUCCAGAGAGUCCUGGAAGUGGUCUGAUGGGGGUCACCCCUCCUUUAGGUACUGGGUAUCAGGUAAACCUAAUGGUGGAGCUGAGUCAUGUGGGGUAAUGGCGUUCGAUCACGGUGGAAAAUGGGACAACUAUCCCUGUGACAGCACGAAAGCAUUCGUCUGCUACACUACAGGGAUAUCAAAGCAAGUGUUCAGACUGAGUGUGCAGAAGAAGGACCCCUCUCUGGACCUCAACGAUCCUGCUGUGACGGACGACAUCUUAGAGCAGAUCAAACAGAAGCUGAAGGACGGGGGUCUGGAUGAAAACAUCAAACUGAGCUGGAGGAAGCAGCCGGGUGGAAACGUCUUCCAGAAGCUGAAGACCGAGGAGGAGGACGACCUUGAAUGUCGUCAAGAGGACUAAAUGUUGUUCUGUCUUUAACAUCCUGGUGUUACGGGUUGAGUUAGAGCAGGGGUGUCCAAAGUACGGCCCGGGGGACGAUCGCGGC